UCAUGUAAUGCCAUCAGCCCCAUCACAACCAAUAAUUGAGCAAACAAAUCAUCAAGAUCAUACUGAAGCAUCACAAAUGACAAAUUUUAAUGAAGGGCCACGAUACAGACAGAAACCUUCUGAUGCUACUGAUAAUGAAUCAAAAGAAGCUGAAGAAACUGAUGGUACUCCACCUUCUAAUCCAUUGGUUCCUGAGGCUUCAUCUGACAAGCCACUCAAAUGGUAUGAAAAGAAAUCUGUCAUAGUAUUGGUUUUUUGCCUCAUGCUCCUUGCUUUUGUUGUGGACUCAAUAUUUUUAAAGGGCUACGUGAAAGAGCUAUUAUUAGCUAUUAUUGCUGUCAUACAUCAUUUCAAAUAGGCUUUUUAUUUUUGUAUUAACUGAUAGUUUUGUGAAAAUAGCUGAAUAUUGUGUAUAAAAAUUUUAGUAAAUUUA